UCCCAUGUGGUAUUGGUGUGCUGGAUAUCCCUUCACUGGUAGCCUGGUAACAUUUAGUCCCAGGUCUUGCUCUGCCUCUGUGGUGGAUAGUGGAGUGUUUCCCAUGUGGUAUUGGUGUGCUGGAUAUCCCUUCACUGGUAGCCUGGUAACAUAUAGUCCCAGGUCUUUCUCUGCCUCUGUGGUGGAUAGUGGAGUGUUUCCCAUGUGGUAUUGGUGUGCUGGAUAUCCCUUCACUGGUAGCCUGGUAACAUUUAGUCCCAGGUCUUGCUCUGCCUCUGUGGUGGAUAGUGGAGUGUUUCCCAUGUGGUAUUGGUGUGCUGGAUAUCCCUUCACUGGUAGCCUGGUAACAUAUAGUCCCAGGUCUUUCUCUGCCUCUGUGGUGGAUAGUGGAGUGUUUCCCAUGUGGUAUUGGUGUGCUGGAUAUCCCUUCACUGGUAGCCUGGUAACAUACACUCCCAGGUCUUUCUCUGCCUCUGUGGUGUAUAGUGGAGUGUUUCCCAUGUGGUAUUGGUGUGCUGGAUAUCCCUUCACUGGUAGCCUGGUAACAUACACUCCCAGGUCUUUCUCUGCCUCUGUGGUGUAUAGUGGAGUGUUUCCCAUGUGGUAUUGGUGUGCUGGAUAUCCCUUCACUGGUAGCCUGGUAACAUACACUCCCAGGUCUUUCUCUGCCUCUGUGGUGGAUAGUGGAGUGUUUCCCAUGUGGUAUUGGUGUGCUGGAUAUCCCUUCACUGGUAGCCUGGUAACAUACACUCCCAGGUCUUUCUCUGCCUCUGUGGUGUAUAGUGGAGUGUUUCCCAUGUGGUAUUGGUGUGCUGGAUAUCCCUUCACUGGUAGCCUGGUAACAUACACUCCCAGGUCUUUCUCUGCCUCUGUGGUGGAUAGUGGAGUGUUUCCCAUGUGGUAUUGGUGUGCUGGAUAUCCCUUCACUGGUAGCCUGGUAACAUACACUCCCAGGUCUUUCUCUGCCUCUGUGGUGGAUAGUGGAGUGUUUCCCAUGUGGUAUUGGUGUGCUGGAUAUCCCUUCACUGGUAGCCUGGUAACAUACACUCCCAGGUCUUUCUCUGCCUCUGUGGUGGAUAGUGGAGUGUUUCCCAUGUGGUAUUGGUGUGCUGGAUAUCCCUUCACUGGUAGCCUGGUAACAUACACUCCCAGGUCUUUCUCUGCCUCUGUGGUGGAUAGUGGAGUGUUUCCCAUGUGGUAUUAGUAUGCUGGAUAUCCCCUCCCAAGGUGCAUGACUUUGCAUUUUUCUUCACUGAAUUGUAGCAGCCACUUUUUGUUCCAUUCCUGUAGCUUGGUGAUGUCUUCUUAUAGGAAAUCCGCAGUCAAGAAGUUAGUGAUGAGGUGCUUAGGUUGGUAUUGUGAGAUGCUCCCGCCCUGCACACCAACUAUUUCCAAAGUCCAAAAAGGAGGUUAAUCGAGUUCUAA